CGAAAAGAUAAGAAAGAUUUUAGUAUUUUUUGUUCUUAAUCGACGGCAUUUGUAUUUAUAAAAAAUUCAAUCACACUAAUCUUCGAAAAAAUAUUAGGAAAAUGCAAGGACUUGGACUUCAAAGCUUAAAAAAGAAUCCAGCAUUGAUUCCACUUUAUGUGUGUGUUGGAGCGGGAGCUAUAGGAGCCGUCUACUAUAUGGCUCGGCUGGCUACUCGAAACCCAGAUGUCACUUGGAACCGCUCAUCGAAUCCCGAGCCAUGGCAAGAGUACAAAGACAAGCAAUAUAAGUUUUACUCGCCUGUGAGGGAUUAUUCAAAAACUAAGAGUGCUGCACCAAACUUUGAGGAAUAAAUUACGUUUAUUGGGUUACUGUAAUUUAAAUAAAGAAAAUGUAGUUUCAAAUUGCAUAAGAAUAUUAAAAUAACCCACUACAUUGCAUCAAAUAA